AUGACAUCAUAUAGAGAAAUAAGGAAUGAAGAUAUAUCAUCUGAUGAAGAAGAUAGUGAUGCGACAAAAACAUCAAAUCAUGAGUCUUAUGACAAUGAUGAUAACAAUGAAAGUCAAACACAAAAAUGUAAAAUACAUCUAGAAAUUCGAAAACUAUCGAUAGAAUCUAUUCUUAAACGUAAAGCUCGUCGUCAUGAAUAUAUCCAAUAUAUUGUUCAAUAUCCAAAAAUAAUGAAAUAUCUUAUGAAUGAUGAUCCCAAUAGCAUAUAUGUUCCUCUUCGUCAUCUUGAACCAUUUAUUAAAGAACAUGUGAAUAAAAAACCUAAUGGUCGCAUCUAUGAUAAAGUUAAUGAUCAAAUUCAAGAUAUCCGACGUAAAUAUCUAAAACAUUGUAAAUGA